AUGGUUAAUGGUCCAUACCCAUACAAUAUUUUUGGACCACAACCAUCGUUUGCAUAUUCUUCGACACCUGUGUUCCCGGGAUAUCUAAAUCCACCAGCCAAUACUACAACUAAUGAUCAAAAUCGUAAAGCAACUGGACGACGGGAACGGACAACAUUUAAUCCUAUGCAACUUUCUUAUCUAGAAUCAGUGUUUAAGCAAACUCAUUAUCCGGAUGUUUAUCAUCGUGAGCAAAUUGCGGAAAAAAUUGGACUUCAAGAAUCUCGAAUUCAAGUAUGGUUUAAAAAUCGCCGAGCAAAAGAUCGACAGCAGAAACGGAUGAUGCAAGCGCGACAUAAUCAUGAUCGAUGUAGCAGUCAUACACCUCCACCAGAACCUAACAAAGGAAAUACAGUGAAGGAAGAGUUUCCAUUGAGAGCGGUAUGUCAAACACAUACUGCAAAUUUAGCUGGCUGGUCGUCGGUGUAUUCAUUAGGUGCACAACCUGCGGCUGCACAUAUACCUGGUGCAAGUCAUCCGCAUACUGCAUGCGGAUUUAGUUUAUGUGGUACCAGCGCACCUCCAUACUAUCCAUACCAGAGUGAUAUUUAUAAUCCUUAUGCUCAAAGUAGCGCCGCUGCGGCAACCUAUUCGUAUCCGCCAAUGUUCAAUCCGCUCAGUAAUGAUUUACAAAGGCCUAGCUAG